CCGUCAAGCCGAGAUCGUCAAGGCUUCCCGUGUGUGACUUGGGUCCUGUAAGACCAUCAGGCACAUGUCCUCCCCGAAGGCGUGCGAGUCCUGAGGACUCGGCCGAACACCGCGUCCACGAGCUCGACCCACUGGCGAUAAAUGACACUCGUCCAAAAGCCCACGUCGCCUCGAAAAACCGAGGACCCAAGAGGAGCCGGUAAUUUAAUUAAUCGUCACGAGAAUUUCAUCAAAGGUUUAAAGUGAACUUUCGAAAUGUGGAUCGGGAAUUUACUGGUAGGGCUGUUGGCCCUGCUGGCCGGCUUUGGCGUCGAAAGCUUCAACGUGGAGACCAGGCACUUCACCAUGUAUCGCCAGGAGAAGAACUCCAUGUUCGGAUUUUCGGUGUCGGAAUAUAAGGACAGUGCCUCCAGGGGGUGGGUCAUCGUGGGUGCACCGGAAGCGCAGACGUCUCAGCCCGAGGUCAUCCGGGGCGGGGCGGUAUAUCGGUGUGAUAUCGCCGUGGACGAUCAUUGCGCGAUCAUCGAGUUCGACAAUAAAGGAAACAACUAUAACGUCGAUAGUCAGGCUCGUCAGAAAGGGAUCACGCAGGUGGACAACAAAACCCUGCAGUGGUUCGGCGCUUCGGUUUCUGCAUCGAUGGAGAACGGCGGGCCUAUUAUGGCCUGCGCUCCAAGAUACGUGUGGUUUUCGGUGACGAUGGCUGGAAGGGACCCAGUAGGCACUUGUUGGGUGACCAACUUCACAAAUUCCCAGGAAUUUUCUCCCUGCAGGACGAGGCACUGGGGAUACCACAGGCAGGGAUCGUGCCAGGCCGGAAUCGGCGCCGCAGUCUCGAAGGACGGCGAGAGAGUGUUCAUCGGCGCUCCAGGGAGUUGGUACUGGCAAGGUCAGCUGUACUCCAUCAACAGCCGAUCGUCAUUCCCGUAUAUACCGUCGAUGUGGUCGUUCUUCGGGACCGUCGAAGGUCAGACAUUUUCGCAAUCGGUGAAACACCGGCCUAGGGUGAUGUUCACGAAGGAGGGUCCAGCCGAAGAGGACGACAGCUACAUGGGGUACUCCGUGACAUCGGGUGACUUCACCGGAGACGGCGACAGCGGAGUCGCCGUGGGGAUGCCCAGAGGAGCCGGUCUUCGCGGCAAGGUCAUCCUCUUCAACUCCAACAUGACGAAUCAGCAGAAUGUAACGGGAGAGCAGAUGGGUGCGUACUUCGGAUAUGCAAUCGCCUCCGGGGACAUCGACGGGGAUGGACUCGACGACCUGAUAAUCGGGGCUCCCAUGUACACGGUCUCCGAAAACCCGGAGAUGACGUACGAGACCGGUAGGAUCUACGUCGUGUACCAGGGUGGAGGCCCGAAGAAGUUCCGCAAGGUCGACAUGAGGGACGGGACGGUGAACAGAGCCAGGUUCGGCCACGCCCUGGCCUCUUUGGGUGACAUCGACAGAGACGGGUACGGAGACUUCGCAGUAGGUGCUCCUUACGGAGGUGCGGAAGGUCGGGGAUCGGUCUACAUAUACCACGGGUCAAGGGAAGGAGUGUUAGAGAAAUACUCCCAGGCGAUCCUUGCCGAGGACUUGCGAGUACCAGUGGAGACAUUCGGGUUCUCCCUAGCCGGUGGGCUCGACCUGGACGGGAACCUGUACCCGGACAUGGUGGUGGGGUCCUACGAUUCGAGCACGGCGAUGUUCUUUAGGUCCCGGCCAGUGAUCAAGAUGGACUCCUACGUGGAGUUCAACUCCGAGUCGAAGCUGAUCUCCCUGGACACGAAGGAGUGCCUGCUGUCCGACCGGACCUCGGUAACGUGUCUCCCAUUGACGGCGUGCUUCACCUACUCCGGGGAGGGGAUCCUUCCGAGACACGACUUCAACAUCCAGUACGUCCUCGACGUGAAGAAGUCGAAGAAUCCGCGACUCUUCUUCCUGGAGCUGGAAGGAAGGAACACGAUGACGCACCCGAUCACAGUAGAACGCGACGUCCGGUUCUGCAGGACGGUCAAGGUGUACGUGGCGCCCAACAUCAGGGACAAGCUAACGUCUCUGGAUGCAGAGAUGAGGAUGAGUCUCAGCAACGAGUCUUUCUCGGACACCGGUCCCAGAGAUCCGAGGAUGAUCCUCCGGCCAGUCCUUGGAACGACGACGUCCAGGAAGGACACCCUCUCCAUCAGGAAGAACUGUGGCCCCGACAACGUCUGCGUGCCGGAUCUGCAACUGAUAGUUAGGCCCAACGUGGAUAGGUACCUUCUGGGUUCGGGUCGUCGACUGGAGCUGGACGUCCUUGUGCAGAACGAGGGCGAGGACGCCUUCGAGGCCAUGUACAACCUCCAGCUGCCUCCUGGGAUCGACUACAUCAAGAUCGAGAGGAUAGACAAGACGGAGAUCCCGGUCCAGUGCUCGGCCCCCAAGCAGUCCAACAACAACACCCUGAGGUGCGACAUCGGCAACCCCCUUCCACAGAAGAAACUGGUACACUUCGUGGUCCUGCUGCAGCCGGUCACCUCGCAGGACAUGAAGCCGACCUACGAGUUCGAGAUGGAAGUUAACACAACAAACCCUGAAGAGCACACAACAGCUGACAACAUCCAGCACCUGUCCCUGCCCAUCUGGAUAGAGACGGAGCUGCUGGUGGAGGGCGAGAGCAAGCCUAAGGAUCUUUACUACAAUCCCGAGAAUUACACAGCGGAGGCCAUCCAGACGGAGCUGGAGUUCGGACCAGCCGUGAUCCACAAUUACACGAUCAGGAACCUGGGUCCUUCAGGGAUCCUGGAAGCCGAGGCGUUCCUUGUGUGGCCGGCGCAAACCCUAGCUGGGGACGAGCUGGUCUAUCUUCUGGAGCAGCCAGAAACCUCGGGCCCAAUGGCUUGCGAGUCUGCCAACGCGAAUUAUCUAAGUCUUAAGCUGGACCACAGGCGCAGGAUGCACUACAAUAUCGCCGAUUCCUCGGGAUUGGUCCUGGAGGAGUCGAACUCCGGGUCCACCAUAAACGUGCAGAGAGGUACCGAGCUCAGCGAAGCCGAUAGGAAGAGGCUGCAGACAGAAGAGAGCGAGGUGAACUCAUCGGGCAGUUCUGGGAUCGAGAGGACCAGACAGAGGACCCAGAUGUACAAGCAGGGUCCUCAGGUAAACGUUGACAACUCCAAGGUCUUGAACACGACGUACCACAGAGAAGAGGUGACCAACAGAGCUGGUCAUCGAGUGGUCGUCCACACAGAUUCCGGGAGAGGAAGCAUGGAGACCGGGACGUCCACCCUAGGAGGUGCUCCACUUCUUCCACGGCCUUCUUUGUCCGAAGACAACUACAGGGCCACGACGACCUGGAGGGAAACCCCAGCAGGAACGACCGAAUCUCUGUCGGAGUCUGACACCAGCCAGAUGGACAGAUAUGCGGAAUUGAAGCGUAUCCAGGAGGAGCAACGUCGCCGGGAGGAGGAUCGGCUCGCUCUAGAACGCCGUCGCCUGGAAGAAGAUCGGCUAGCUCAGGAACGUCGUCGCCUGGAAGAAGAUCGGGUCAGACAAGAAGAGAGCACCAGGGAGUACGUCUUUGGGACGAAAAAGCACUACCCUUCCAAGGCAGAGGCUGGAAAUCGGGUCUACCAGCACGGAGUCCUGGUGCAACACCCUGGGCAAUCUGCAAGUGGAUCUCAGGAUGACAUUAGAGCAAGGAACGUAUCUUACGUGCGACGUCUGCAGAGCUUCUUCGGCGUCUUGUCGGAAGACUCCUCCAUGGUGAGGGACUACGUCGAGGACAGAGCUGGACAGCUGAUCGUCAGGUUCCCUGCCAGGUACAGAGUAGCUGCCGAUGGCAGGGAAUUCGUGGAGUUCAAGGACGGCACCAAGUUCGUCCUGAAGAACCAGUACGGCGAAGAUGCAUACGCGGUUGGUGGUCCUACCGAGUGGAACACAGAUCCGACGUUUCUGCACCUGGAGGGCAGGAUAGUGGACGUAGAUGGCAAGGAGUGCGUCCAGAUAAACGACGGUCGGAGGUUCUUCCUGCCCAACAUCUACACCAGGGUGGAGGAGAGGGUCCAGACGUCCGGAAGCCAGGGGGUCAGCUCCAGCUCUCACGCCAGUACCAACAUCAGCUCUCUGCUGGAACUUGAGAAGUUCUUCAGCACCUUGUCCAAGGAUGCCGCGGCGUAUAACGCGUUCAACCGACAGGGUAGACAGUACAUCUUGUUUGAUGGUCGCUUCAGGAUGUCCAGCGAUGGCAAGGAGUACAUCGAGUUCAGAGGUGGCAGCAGAUUCCCUCUCCAGAACAGUUACGGUGAACCGAGUAUCGGGGAUCUGAACGAGUUCCGGGACUCCAGGUUCCUGAAGAUGGAAGGCCAGUUGAUAAAGGGCCAGGACGGCAAGGACUACAUCCAGCUGAAGGACGGCCGAAGGUUCCCCCUCCAGAGCUCGUACACCUACACGGAGGAGAGGAAGUACACAUUAGGUGGAGGUUCUCGCGAAGGUGGAGGAAAGGUCUACGAGUCAGGGGAGGAUUCCUGGCACCUGGAAUCCUCCAGCAGGAGCAGCAUCGACGUCGACCGCGAGUACGAGAGCCACUCUUCCAGGUCUUACCUCGAGGAGCAGCACCGGUCGGAAAGAAGACACGACUCCAGGUUCUACGGUAGAGACCCUAACGCCGACCUUGAAGACGAGGAACCCUUGGAAGACACCGAGGCGUCUUCAGAAAAUCGCAGGAAUUACAGGCACCGGAGAGAAACCGACGCCCUGGACGUGGAGGAGUUCCUGGAUCUUGAGAGAAGAAGCAGACUCCGAAGGGAUGGUCCUGGGGGCCUUGAAGAAGACUACGAAGACAAGAUGAAGCCCCCCAGGGAGGUUGCUCCCUGCUCCGUCGCGAAAUGCGUCACCCUCAGGUGCACCUUGGGGCCUCUGGAGAAGGACCAGGAGGUCUGGAUAGUAGCCAGGUACAGGGUCAAUGCCAGGACCCUGAAGAAGGUGGCCCUGAACGAGCAGGUCAGGAUCUCCACCCAGCUGGUGGCGCACGUCGUCAAGCAGCCGUUCAUCGGCACACCUGUCGAACAAGUCGUCAAAAGCCACGAGAUCUACACGACGGUGCAACCUAGUGCACCUCCGUCGAUGCCUGACGUCGUUCCUCUCUGGGUCGUCGUCCUUUCCGCGUGUGCCGGGACCAUCAUCUUGCUUCUGCUGAUCUAUCUCUUGCACAAGUGCGGCUUCUUCAAGAGGAACAGGCCCACGGAUGCGCCCGAGAGGCAACCUUUGAACAGGAACGGCCACUUCCAGCAUGGCGACGACCAUCUUUGAAAUCUUCCAUCUCUUCGGCAUCGCAGUCGCGGCACGCGAUGCGUCGAUCUAUCCUCCAGGUCCUCUUCGGGGUGACUCUUCGAAGUGCCUUUCGUCGAGAGUUCAGCGACAGACUCGCCUUCAGUGGCCUAGAAACUCAAUCGGACGCUCAUAGAGGGCGGUCGUGUCUCACGACUAACUUUUGAUACUCUUUAACCAACUCCAGCGAGUGCCUUCCGCAUUAUCCGGCGCGACUAAACAUCUCUCUAUUCAGGCAGAGAGAAGGAGAGCAUUUCACUAAGAGAAUACUACUUACUUACUGCCAAUGAUACUUCUUCCAGCUCCCGCAGCUCGCUCCAGCAAGUUUCUAGUCAGAAACGAACCCUGUCGGGAUUUUCUGCCGGUUUCCUCCCUGAAGAGGGGAUUUCAUGACAGCGAUUCUUCGAGCAAUUCAUUAGAAUCCUUCCUCAAAAGAAUAGUAAAUGCAUGAAAUCAAAGACGAUACUACGGGUAUCAUUAAGGCGAUAUGAAAGUGGCAUUUCAGAGUUCAACCUUUGUGUUACUUUUUUACAAACUGAGGGCACCGAAUUGUCUGAAACUUUGCCACGUGAAUAAGGAGACUCCAAGGAAGGUCUCGACACCGUUGGAUUUCAUCUCUUAUGAAACAUUAAAAAUGUAUUUAUGAACAAAUUUAAUAGGGAGAUGAAAGUUCAUGGGAGUCAGGACUUUCUUUAAGGCCUCCACAUUCAGGAGGUGAAAUUACAAGGUAUUCGACAUACCGACUUCGGAAAAGAGUUUCAUAAACGAUACCUCUUCACGCUGCUUGUGGAUGUGGAGGCCUUAACGCAGGUCCUGACUCAUGAAAUUUCAUUUUUAAUAAAAAAUGUUGAAAACAUCUAUAAGCAAAUUAAGAAAAAAUUGAAAUUUAACGGGUGUCAGGACCUUCCUUAUACCUUCCACAUUCACAUUGUCAAGUUUGAAACGAUUCGGCACACUAGGUUCGGAGAAGAGUUUCAUAAACCCCUCUUCUGGCCGUUUUCACAUCCCCUUAAGGAUGGCGGCCAAUCGUGGGGGAUUUACCCUAGGGAUGUUGUUUCUUCAGGGUCCCAUCGGUCGUUUUUACACUGUGAAAAGAGCGAGCUGCCCGCCGUUAAAAUCCGACGCCGUGAUCUCAGGAUUCUCCUUGGAACGUCGAGGGACUCGGCGUGUCUCGCAGAAGACGCGGCCGGGAGUCUAGGGCGGGACUUAUUUAUUAAAUAAAUAAAAGAAGGGUUCUACGUUUAUGUGUUACGCGGACUCGGGUGCCUCGAGUCGGAGCGUAUGUGUGUACAAUCUGUAAAUUAUUAAUUCUUUACUAAAAUUAGGAGAUAGGGUUAAUCCAGUAACAAAGCCGAAUAGAGCGAGGUACCUCUCGCGGACACCUAGAACUGACGUGUACAUACAGUGAUAAGUUUAUAAUAUUAUAAAUAAUAUUAAUACAAAAAAAAAAAGA